GAGCGAAGGACGCAGUCGCUCCGCUCUUCAGCCCGAACAGGACUGAGGAAGACUUGAGCGCUUCAUCCUCCCCGGCUCCCGGACCGGAGAUCUCCCCCAGGAUUUUACCCCUCCGGCCAGAGGAGAAGUUUGAAAGGCGCUGCGUAAAGACGCACGUACAGAGUUUAUCCAAGACGCCGCGCUGCUCCGUGACCAAGACUCUAGAACUACCGGGCACGUUUUCGCUCCCUGCAUCUCGGAUCACCUUAAACCCCCCCGCAGAGAGACAGAGUGGGCUCCACGGCCGCUUCUCUGCCCCUCGUUCUGCUCGCUCUCCCUUCCCUCCAUGGAUUUAGCGCUUUGAGCCGCCGGCUGCAGCGGACUUUGCCCCGCGGAUCGCGGCUCCUUCCCCCCCGUCACCAGGAAAACCCGGCAGCUGUCGUUCAUGUGCGCGAGGGGGCUGCGUCUGAUGGAUCUAUAAGCUGCAGUCAUUUCGGUGGGAUACGGAGAAACAGACUGAAACCUUCUCGCCGCUCGCUCCGGGAGGGCUGCAUCAUUUGGACAGGAUCCAAAUGAGGAUUUCAAUAUUGAGCAGGACUGACCGGGACAAGGAGUGACCCCCCCCCUCCCUCCACCACCACCACCCCGACCCCUUCAGAGCCAGCCACCAGAGCCGGAGGAGAGGGUUCGGACUGAGAGACUUUGUGGAUUUCUGAAGUGGCCAAUGCCAGGGCCCGGAGUGUGAGGCCCGCUCCGUCCUCUGCUUCCAACCACAAGAGACGCCCCACGCCGAGAAGAAGAUGCUGAGGGGCUGCAUGUUCUGCCUUCUCCUGCUCUGUUUGACGGACGGCGUGGCGGCCCGGCCCGCCGAUCUCAGAUCUAAAGAUCUGCGGGUUUCCAGGCCUCUGAUUGUUCCGGGUUACCCAGAGAACACCACGGGGCUGCUGGGCGGUCAGGUCAAGCUGGUGUGUAAAAUCCACCGGCCGGCGUCGACCAAGGUGCAGUGGCUGAAGACGGAGGCCGGCGGCUCGGGGCGGGGCCAGGGAGGGUCCCCCCGCCUCAGGGCUCUGACGACUCAGCAGAGCAGCGGCUCCAAGUUUAAGUAUCUCAGCCUGUCCAACGUCACCCUGGAGGAUGCUGGCGAGUACAUCUGCAUGGCCGAGAGCGUCCACAGAGGACAGACUGUCCAGGCCAUGCAGUCGGCGUGGCUCCAGGUCCUGCCUGGUAAAAUCAUUCCCAAAACCGAGGACCUGACUGCUCCUGAAAUUCCUCCAGCAGAUGUUCUGGAGGACCUGAGUGAAGACACCACGGAGCAUUUCCUGCUGGAGCCCGGGGACAUCCUGGAGCUCCCCUGCGACCUGAACACCCGGCCCGGCAUGGCGGUCAGCUGGUACAAAGGCGGCGUGCGGGUUCUGCCCACGCCUCGCAUCCAGAUGCGCGGAGCCGUCAUGGAGAUCACCGACGUGACGUACGAAGACUCGGGCGUCUAUGUGUGUGUUCUGCGGGGAUCCAAAGAGCCUGUGAGGAACUUCACCAUCACAGUGGCAGACUCAUUGGGGUCAGGCGAUGACGACGAGGACAACGGUUUGGACGACUCAUCGGCCGAGAUUGAGAACGACCAAGUUUACGUCUCUCGAGGUCCGUACUGGACCCACACCCAGCGCAUGGAGAAGAAGCUCUACGCUGUCCCUGCUGGCAACACGGUGAAGUUUCGCUGCCCGGCCGCCGGAAGCCCCAUGCCGAACAUCCGCUGGCUGAAAAAUGGACGGGAGUUCCGAGGAGAGCACCGUAUCGGAGGCAUAAAGCUGCGACACCAGCACUGGAGUCUGGUGAUGGAGAGCGUGGUGCCCUCGGACAGAGGAAACUACACCUGUGUGGUGGAGAACACGUACGGCUCCAUCUCUCACAGCUACGUUCUGGAUGUCCUCGAGCGUUCCCCCCACAGGCCCAUCCUGCAGGCCGGCCUCCCAGCCAACACCACAGCAGUGGUGGGCAGCGAUGUGCGGUUCCAGUGUAAGGUCUACAGCGACGCCCAGCCCCACAUCCAGUGGCUCAAGCACAUCGAACGGAACGGGAGUCGCUACGGUUUUGACGGGACUCCGUACGUCCAGGUCCUCAAGACUGGCAGUUUGAACAUGUCAGAGGUGGAGGUGCUCUAUUUGUCCAAAGUGACGAUGGAGGAUGCAGGGGAGUACACCUGCCUGGCUGGAAACUCCAUCGGCUUCGCGCACCAGUCGGCGUGGCUCACCGUUAUUUCAGAGGAGGAAGCAGCGGAGGCCAUGGACAGGAUGGAGACCAAGUACACGGACAUCAUCAUCUACGCCUCUGGAUUCCUGGCGUUCAUCAUGGCCAUCAUCAUCGUGGUGUUGUGUCGGAUGCAGGUUCACCCCCGCAGGGAGCCGUUCGACGCCCUGCCCGUGCAGAAGCUUUCCAAGUUCCCCCUUCGUAGACAGUUCUCGGUGGAGUCCAACUCCUCGGGGAAGUCGAGUGCGUCUCUGAUGAGGGUGGCUCGGCUGUCCUCCAGCUGUUCGCCCAUGUUGGCUGGAGUUCUGGAGUUUGAGUUGCCCUUUGACCCGGACUGGGAGUUCCCCAGAGAGAACUUGACGUUGGGUAAACCUUUAGGAGAAGGCUGCUUCGGUCAGGUGGUCAGAGCCGACGCUUACGGCAUCAACAAGGAGUGUCCCGAGCAGGCCACCACCGUGGCGGUCAAGAUGCUCAAAGACGAUGCCACGGACAAAGAUCUGGCCGACCUCAUAUCGGAGAUGGAGCUGAUGAAGGUGAUGGACAAACACAAGAACAUCAUCAACCUGCUGGGAGUCUGCACACAAGACGGCCCGCUCUAUGUGCUUGUUGAAUAUGCCUCCAAGGGCAGCCUGAGGGAGUACCUGCGGGCACGGCGGCCUCCGGGCAUGGACUACACCUUCGACGUGACCAAGGUGCCCGAAGAGCAGCUCACCUUCAAAGACCUGCUGUCCUGCGCCUACCAGGUGGCUCGAGGGAUGGAGUACCUGGCCUCCAAGAGGUGCAUCCACAGAGAUUUGGCGGCGAGGAACGUUCUGGUGACGGAGGACAACGUGAUGAAGAUCGCUGACUUCGGCCUGGCCAGAGGAGUCCACCAGAUCGACUACUACAAAAAGACCACCAAUGGACGGCUGCCGGUCAAAUGGAUGGCGCCCGAGGCUCUGUUCGACAGAGUCUACACACACCAGAGCGACGUGUGGUCGUUUGGCGUCCUGAUGUGGGAGAUCUUCACGUUGGGGGGCUCUCCGUACCCCGGCAUCCCCGUAGAGGAGCUCUUCAAGCUGCUGAAAGAAGGACACCGCAUGGACAAACCCUCCAACUGCACACACGAGCUCUACAUGAAGAUGCGUGAGUGCUGGCACGCCGUUCCCACCCAGCGGCCGACCUUCGCUCAGCUGGUGGAGGAGCUGGACCGGGUGCUGCUCUCCAUCUCAGACGAGUACCUGGACCUGUCCACGCCCUUCGAGCAGUACUCCCCCUCCUGCGAGGACACGUCCAGCUCCUGCUCCUCCGACAACGACUCGGUCUUCACCCACGAUGCAUUGUCCACCGACCCCUGCCUCCUGGGCUACCAGGACGUGAGCUCCCGGAGAGACCUGAAGGCCGCGCUGCGAUAGGAAGGACGCCCUCGCGCCCGAAGACCCGCUGCUGCGUCGCUGAAGCGCCACCUUUUCCCCUGCUGGUGUUUUUUUUUUUUUUUUUUACACAUCGGACCUCCGCUCUGGCUCCGGACGCAGAGCUGUUAGGUGUAGGCAGACAUCCAGACACACUCAGAUCGACACGCGAGCGCACGAGGAGCACCGAGGCCGCCGGCCUCGACACACACACACCGCCGGAGGGAGACGGAGGGCGAGCCGCUCUGUGAUUGGACCCACGACGAGCCGCAGCGUUGGAAACCACAGCAGAAGAGACUCCGGUGCUCAAAAUGCCUCAAAGUGCUUUAAAAACAGAAGUUUCAGCAACUCUUCUCCAGCAGGAGGUGACGGACAGAGAUCUCCUCCCACAAACUCAACCCCAAACCAGGACGGACCCUGGCUCAUGAAGACGUUUUAUCAAACACAAACAAACAAAAAAAAAAAAAAAAACCCAGAAGAUUUAUUUUGCUAUGGUAAGAAAAGAAACUGAUUGUUAAAUAUAAAUCUCUCUAUAUAAGAUUAUUUU